UUUAUAGCGUCAAAGAAGGAAAGAAGGCAAACGCGUCAUAAUCUGCGACAGUAGUGAACAAAACGCAGGGAAAUAGCCCAAUUUAUUUGAAUAUUCAUAUUCACAUCAAAUAGACGCGCUUAUUCGUAGUUUCAUUUGAAAUACAGACAAUGAGAUAGUAUAAAACUUAAGGAGCCGCCGUGAUGGCGUCAGAGGAGGAAGUAAGUUUGCUGGUCAUCGUCGUGGACGUGAACCCGAUUUGGUGGGGGCAACAAGGCCAACGCGAGCCGCAGUUCACGCUACCCAAAUGUAUGGACUCUGUCAUGGUGAUGGCUAACGCUCACGUUGCCAUGAGCAGGAUUAACAAACUGGCCGUCAUCGCCAGCCACUGCAAAGACAGUCAUUUCCUGUAUCCCAGUCCGGGCGGCGACAGCGCCGCGGACGACGCCUGCUCCAGCGGCGACGGCAAGUACGAACUGCUGUCCGGCGCCAACGCCGUCAUCGCUGACCGCAUCAGAAACUUAAUGUCCAACAUCGAAGUGACGGGCGGUUCCACCGACACGAUGCUGGCUGGAUCCCUCGCCAAAGCUCUCUGCUAUAUUAACAGAGUCUCAAAGGAACUUGAAGGUAUUGUCUUUCAUGAGUAUUUUAGUUUUAAGUUGUCUUGUGUAAUUUUUUUUCAUGUUUUUUUUUUAGUGGGGCAGGAGGUCAAAUCUCGAAUUUUGGUGAUAAAGGCGGCGGACGACUGCGCCCUACAAUACAUGAACUUCAUGAACGUGAUCUUUGCUGCUCAGAAACAGAACAUCCUGAUUGAUGCGUGCGUGCUGGAAUCGGACUCGGGGCUGCUACAGCAAGCUUGUGAUAUAACGGGAGGCUUGUACCUGAAGAUCCCCCAGAAGGCGGCCCUGGCUCAGUACCUCCUGUGGGUGUUCCUGCCCGACGCCGAGCAGCGUUCGCAGCUGCUGCUGCCGCCGCCGGCCCACGUCGAUUACAGGGCGGCGUGCUUCUGUCACCGCAACCUCAUCCAGAUCGGCUACGUUUGCUCAGUCUGCCUGUCCAUAUUCUGCAACUUUAGCCCCAUCUGUACAACCUGCGAGACUGCAUUCAAAAUGCAACUCCCACAGAUGGUCAAAGGCAAAAAGAAGAAAUUCAAAGCAUCGUGAUUAUUUUCCUUCAACGUCCUAAUUUGUUGUAUUUAUUCCGAUUGACCCGGGACAAAUACUUUUGUAGAAACAAUAAUAAAAAGCACUGUCUGAA